UCGAGGCAAAUAGAAACGGUUCUGCUGCGUGCGUGUGAAUAUUUUUAAAUAUUCAAACAAAACAAAAAAAAAAACAUUCCCUUGCGAAGUAUAUUCAUCCAUAGCUUAAGGCUUUAAGAUUGAAAAAUAACUAGAGCUUAAACGAAAAUGAAAAUUAUGAAAAGUGCGACACAAAACUAAUCUGAAAAAAAAAAACACAUUUACCAUUUUUUCUUCAGCACACAUAGAAAAGGAAAAAUUCAUUACUCAAACCUUAAAUAUAAUCCUGAAACUGAAAAAAAAAACGAAGUUUUCACACGCGAAAUAAGGUUGGUUGACUUAUAUGAAGACGAAGUUGUAAAUCGAUACGUGAACUUGUUGUUACAUUGUGUGUGCGUUACGUUUGUUCGUUUCAUAUAGGGAGGGGUCAUAACUCAUAAUUACACUCUGGAUUCGAGUUGCACGGCGGCGGCGGUGGCGGUGACGACUACGACGACGACGGGCGUGUAAGCUCGCGUGUUCUAUAUUUUCACUUUUACCCUGCCUUUACCCUUUUCUUUUUUUAAGUCUUUUUAUUCUUCAACCAACAAACCAACCAAACUAACCCAUCACAUACCCCACCCUUACCGGAAUAAAUUAAAAUCGAAAUUCCCAUUUGAGAGAGCAAAAUAAUAAUAAAAAAAAGGUAAAAGUAACAAAAUUGAAACCAAAACCGGAUGACAUACCACUCGGAGAUUUAAAUUACUUUCCGGUAAAAGAAAAAUGGAAAUCCCGUCGGUUAAAGUGUUGAGGCCACCCACAAUACUCGCACCGGCUCAGGUUCAGGCCCACUACUAACUUAUACCCAACCCAUAUCCCCUACUUCCACCCUCGUGUUGCGUCGAGUUAAGUUGAGUCGCGUCGCUUCACUUUGUUUCGCAACAACUAUACACUCUUAACGUGGCCUGCUUAUGCCAGCCUGUCAAAAGGAACUCUAAAGCGGUAACGGAAAAACCAAUACGUCAUGUCAUGUUGGUUGUUGGUUAUAAUAUGUUGCUGCUCAUGUUGCAUACUUAACAGAACAUAGAACUUCAACAGAGGGGAAAAAGUCUGAAUUUUUAACUCGCCUUGUCCCACAUUGCACCAAUAAAUAAAAGUCGGAAUAAGUGAACAGGAUUCCAGCACAGAAAACAGCAGGAAACACAAAAAAUAAGAAUAUACAACAACAAACAAAGGAGAGCAAAAAGGACUCAAGAGUCCUGAGCUGUGAGCAAGAACGAGAGUGAGAGAGAAAGAGAACGGAUUAAUAAUCUAGAUACAACACAAAUUAUAUGCACUAUUCUACACGUAUGUUAACAGUGAAGCAUUCAUUUGUUCUGUUAUGCCAAGGAUUUGAUAUUUGAACUUUAGGUGCAAUAGCUGAGGGAAAUAUAUCACAAUCAUCAUCAUCAUCACCACACGCUUAAAGAAGGGCAACAAGGCGAGGGGGUGUUGAUUUUUUCUUUUUUUUUCCAACCUUACGCCAUCAAAUCAACAAACUAACCAACCUACCAACAAACCAACACCCUUUGCUAUAACAUUGGAGCUUUGAAGUGUGGCAGAAUCCUUCAACCCUCUUCGCCUCCAACACAUAAAGCAUCAGCCUUUCCCAUAUACAUAAACGUAGGUAAAUGUAAAAAGGACUCGUGGAUCUCGGAACAAUAAUAUUACAACGAACAAUGUCAAUGACGUUGACGUUGACGUCGACAACGACAGCGACAGCGACAACAACACCAACAACAACAACGAGCUGCGCGAGGACGGAAUUUUAAUUUGCAUUUAAUCGCUGUUGCAUAUGAUUUAUGUGGCAACACACCAUCGGCAUCAGCAUCGCCUACACCCCCUUUUCAUCAUUCAGGUCGAUACCGACCCUGUUGCCAGUCAUACCAGCCGCAGCCCAAACUGAAACUGAAACCGAAAACGAAACCAAAACCAAAACCAAAACCAAAAACGAAGACUCAGCUAGCCAUCCAGCCUCGGCCUUGUCUCAAAACUAAGCAAUCGUUGAAAUUACUACGCCAAACUUAAAAUCACAUACACAAAACUAUAUUCAUGCACUGAACAAAGGUAAAGGAAGGAGUGCAACAAUAUCCUGGGACAAAAUGUACAUUUUAAAUGGUUUUCACUUAGAUCAAGAUAAAGAUAACAACUAAGAAUGAACUUUCAUUUGAAAAUACAAAUCAAUUGAAAAUAAUCCUUGAAUCGAAGUAAAAAGGACACAAAGAAGAAACAAAAAGCAAAAAACAAAAAAACCAACAACAAUAGCAAGCUAGCAACUAGAAAUGACUCAACCCGUCGAUUUACAUAUUCACAUACUUAGCUUUUUUACAGUGGCAUUUGCAGUCCUCAUCCAUAAAGCCAAUUGCAUAGACUGUUUCAAGUGUGUUUCCUACAAUGGAGCGAAUAAGGCAUGCGAUGAUCCUUUUCAUAACAACUACACUACAGAGAUAUUGGAAUCACCCUGCAUGGGUGGCCGCAAAGGACGUGAUGGUGUAUUUCCAGCUACAGCUUGCAUCAAAAUCGCCGGUUAUUACGAUGACACCGGUGAAACAAUUACAGUACGUGGAUGUGCUCUCGAUAGUGGAACCCUAACGACAGAUACAGAAAUUAUUCGCAUGUCCCAUUGUGGAAAGUUCUACUAUGACGACAGAUAUGUUCAUGGAUGCCUGCAGAGCUGCAACGAUGCAGAUGCGUGCAACACGGCACCAGGAGUAAGAAUACAACCGCAACUGCUGCAAUUUCGAAUAUUAGUGAUGGCGAUGGCAACUCUCUCGAGACUAUUUAGAUAGCACACAUGGAAUUUGUAGUGUUUUUUUGAGUUAAGUUUAUUAUUUUGUUUUUUUAUUUGCAUAUAUUUUUAAUAAUUAUUUUCUUUAAUUAAAAAAAAGAGAAAAAUUAUUAAUUUUAUCGUAAACGAAGCCGUUGUAGUUAGAUUUUUGCACAAAAUAAUGUGAUUUAAUUUUAGAACAAAUGUGUAUCUAUACUUAUCGUGAAUCAAAAAUUAUAUUGUUAAGUAUUGAUAAAUUAUUUUCUUAAUUUUCGUUAUUAACUUAAACGAAAGCAUUAUUAAAUUCUUCUUUAUUUAACAAAACAAAAAAACGUUCAAUUGGAAGUAAGAGAAAAAAUAAACAAGAUAAAUUAUACCUAGAUAAGAAAUCUAAGCGGAUCAAAAGGAAUCUAGUUGUAGGAAUUUUUGUUAAAUUAAAAAUAAGUUAUAAAAUAAUGUUAUUUAAAAUACAAACAAAAAAUCAAAAGAAAAUUAUAAACAUUAAAUGCAGGUAACACAAUAUAUAGGCUAUUAUUAUUAUCAUUGUAAAUAUGUAACUAAUUUAAAUAUGUAUAAUCGAAGAUAGAUAGGGUACAUUUUUAAUGGUGUGAUAUUCUUUAGGAUUUAAAAUUGUUAUAUGUAAACGAUUCGGAAUUAAUUUCAAAAUAUCGAAAGAGGAUUUUCCUGAACUUCAAGCACCGCAGCGUUUUCAGUUCACUUUGAGUAGGUACCUCAUAAAGACAGAGAACGUAAAGAACAUGUGGAAUCAUCUUCUGCGUCUUCUGCGGUUCCUACGCUCGUAGUCAAUAACACUCAGUUUGUUAGCUUAGAGAAAGCUAAAAUCUGGUUUAGGCAGUUCGCCAACAAUUCAACGCUGCCAGAGAGUGUUAUGACUUUUUCUGUACUUGAGAUUAUAAAUGAUUUUAUGGCGCAAAA